GGACAGCGCCGCCUCUGCCCGGCCCGCUCCGUCCUCGCCCGCCCGGGACGCGGAGGCAAAGUCCGCGCGCGCUCGCUCGCCCCGCGCCCGUCCUCCCCGCGGAGCACCGGAGCCGGCGCCCCAGCCCACUGCCAUGUCCAAAAGCCUGAAGAAGAAAAGCCACUGGACCAGCAAAGUCCAUGAGAGUGUCAUCGGCAGGAACCCGGAGGGCCAGCUGGGCUUCGAGCUGAAGGGGGGCGCCGAGAACGGCCAGUUCCCCUACCUGGGCGAGGUGAAGCCUGGCAAGGUGGCCUAUGAGAGUGGCAGCAAGCUGGUGUCCGAAGAGCUGCUGCUGGAGGUGAACGAGACCCCCGUGGCGGGGCUCACCAUCCGGGACGUGCUGGCCGUCAUCAGGCACUGCAAGGACCCGCUCCGGCUCAAGUGCGUCAGGCAAGGAGGAAUCGUUGAUAAAGAUCUUCGUCACUACCUCAACUUACGAUUUCAGAAGGGGUCUGUGGACCACGAACUCCAGCAAAUCAUUCGAGACAACCUCUACCUCCGCACCGUGCCGUGCACCACAAGGCCACAUAAGGAGGGCGAGGUCCCCGGAGUGGACUACAUCUUCAUCACUGUGGAAGAUUUUAUGGAAUUGGAGAAAAGCGGUGCUCUCCUAGAAAGUGGGACUUAUGAAGAUAAUUACUACGGUACCCCAAAGCCUCCAGCUGAACCGGCACCGUUGCUGUUAAAUGUAACAGACCACAUCCUUCCGGGAGCCACUCCAAGUGCCGAAGGAAAACGGAAGAGAAACAAGUCAGUGAGCAACAUGGAGAAAGCAAGCAUAGAGCCUCCAGAGGAAGAUGAGGAGGAGAGGUCUGUGGCCAACGGGAACGGAGUGGUGGUGACACCAGAAUCCAGUGAACAUGAAGACAAGAGUGCAGGAGCCUCAGGGGAGACACCCUCCCAGCCUUACCCUGCCCCAGUGUACAGCCAGCCCGAGGAGCUGAAAGAGCCCGUGGAGGAUGCCAAGCCCGGCAAGCCCGAGGACAGCGAGGACACCGACCCGCUGCCCGACAACUGGGAAAUGGCCUAUACGGAGAAGGGAGAAGUCUACUUCAUUGACCAUAAUACAAAGACAACAUCAUGGCUGGAUCCACGACUUGCGAAAAAGGCUAAACCUCCAGAGGAGUGCAAAGAGAAUGAGCUUCCAUAUGGCUGGGAAAAAAUCGAUGAUCCCGUAUAUGGCACUUACUAUGUUGACCACAUAAAUAGACGAACACAGUUUGAAAACCCUGUCCUGGAAGCCAAAAGGAAGCUACAGCAGCAUAACAUGCCCCACACGGAACUUGGAAGCAAGCCCCUGCAGGCCCCAGGUUUCCGAGAAAAACCACUCUUCACGCGGGAUGCGUCCCAGCUGAAGGGAACAUUCCUCAGCACCACCCUCAAAAAGAGCAACAUGGGCUUUGGAUUUACCAUCAUUGGUGGCGACGAGCCUGAUGAGUUUCUGCAAGUGAAAAGCGUAAUUCCAGAUGGGCCUGCUGCGCAGGAUGGAAAAAUGGAAACAGGUGAUGUCAUUGUCUAUAUUAAUGAAGUUUGUGUCCUUGGACAUACUCAUGCAGAUGUUGUCAAACUUUUCCAGUCUGUUCCCAUUGGUCAGAGUGUCAACUUGGUGUUGUGUCGUGGCUACCCUUUGCCCUUUGACCCAGAAGAUCCUGCCAACAGCCUGGUGCCACCCCUUGCAAUAAUGGAGAGGCCACCUCCAGUGAUGGUCAAUGGAAGACAUAACUAUGAAACCUAUUUGGAAUACAUUUCUCGGACCUCACAGUCAGUUCCAGAUAUUACAGAUCGGCCGCCUCACUCUUUGCAUUCCAUAUCAGCUGAUGGUCAGCUAGAUGGCACGUAUCCACCACCCGUCCAUGACGACAAUGUGUCUAUGGCUUCCUCUGGGGCCACCCAAGCUGAACUUAUGACCUUAACCAUUGUGAAAGGUGCCCAGGGCUUUGGCUUCACCAUCGCCGACAGUCCUACAGGACAGCGGGUGAAACAAAUACUUGACAUUCAGGGAUGCCCUGGCCUGUGUGAAGGCGACCUUAUUGUUGAGAUCAACCAGCAGAAUGUACAGAACCUGAGCCAUACAGAAGUAGUGGAUAUACUUAAGGACUGCCCCGUCGGAAGUGAGACUUCUUUGAUUAUCCAUCGAGGAGGUUUCUUUUCUCCAUGGAAAACUCCAAAGCCUGUGAUGGACCGGUGGGAGAGCCAAAGCAGUCCUCAGACCAGUUUAUCUGCUCCGGCCAUACCGCAGAACCUGCCCUUCCCCCCCGCCCUCCACCGAAGCUCCUUUCCGGACUCAACAGAGGCCUUUGACCCGCGGAAGCCUGACCCAUAUGAGCUCUAUGAGAAGUCGAGAGCCAUUUAUGAAAGUAGGCAACAAGUGCCACCCAGGACCAGUUUCCGAAUGGAUUCCUCUGGUCCAGAUUAUAAAGAACUGGAUGUUCACCUUCGGAGGAUGGAGUCUGGAUUUGGCUUCAGAAUCCUCGGAGGAGAUGAGCCUGGCCAGCCAAUUUUGAUCGGAGCCGUCAUCGCCAUGGGAUCAGCUGACAGAGACGGCCGCCUGCACCCAGGGGAUGAGCUCGUCUAUGUGGACGGGAUCCCUGUGGCCGGCAAGACCCACCGUUACGUCAUCGACCUCAUGCACCACGCAGCCCGCAACGGGCAGGUGAACCUCACUGUGAGAAGAAAGGUGCUAUGUGGAGGGGAGCCCUGCCCAGAGAAUGGGAGGAGUCCAGGCUCCAUAUCAACCCACCACAGCUCUCCACGCAGUGACUACGCAACCUACGCCAACAGCAACCACGCCGCGCCCAGCAGCAACGCCUCUCCCCCUGAGGGCUUCGCCUCCCACAGCCUGCAGACCAGCGAUGUGGUCAUUCACCGCAAGGAGAAUGAAGGCUUUGGCUUUGUCAUCAUCAGCUCCCUGAACAGACCUGAGUCUGGAUCCACUAUAACCGUGCCCCAUAAAAUCGGACGCAUCAUUGACGGGAGCCCUGCAGAUCGCUGUGCAAAACUAAAAGUAGGAGACCGAAUCCUAGCGGUGAACGGCCAGUCCAUCAUCAACAUGCCUCACGCUGACAUCGUGAAGCUCAUCAAGGAUGCGGGUCUUAGUGUCACCCUUCGCAUCAUUCCUCAGGAGGAGCUCAGCAGCCCCGCCUCGGCCCCCAGCUCCGAGAAGCAGAGCCCCAUGGCCCAGCCGCACAGCCCGGGGGCCCAGCCCGCCCCAGCUGCCCCCAGUAGCCCCGUGGCCCAGCCGCCGCCUCCACAGCCACUCCAGCUGCAAGGACAUGAGAACAGUUAUAGGUCAGAAGUAAAAGCAAGACAAGAUGUGAAACCAGACAUCCGACAGCCUCCGUUCACAGACUACAGGCAGCCCCCACUGGAUUACAGGCAACCUCCAGGAGGGGACUACCAGCAGCCCCCACCCUUGGACUACAGGCAGCCUCCCCUGCUGGACUACAGGCAGCACUCCCCAGACACCAGGCAGUACCCGCUGCCCGACUACAGACAGUCCCAGGGUUUUGAUUAUUUCACGGUGGACAUGGAGAAGGGCGCCAAAGGAUUCGGAUUCAGCAUUCGUGGAGGAAGGGAAUACAAAAUGGAUCUGUAUGUGCUGAGACUGGCAGAAGACGGGCCGGCGAUCAGGAAUGGGAGGAUGAGGGUAGGUGAUCAAAUCAUUGAAAUCAAUGGGGAAAGCACAAGGGACAUGACCCACGCCAGAGCAAUAGAACUCAUCAAAUCCGGAGGAAGGAGAGUACGGCUGCUGCUCAAGAGAGGCACAGGACAGGUCCCAGAGUAUGACGAACCCGGCUUCCGGAGCGCUACCACCGCCGCCGGCCCAGGUCUGCCGGAAAUAGGCGUCUCGCUUGAGGAGCUCCUCUCUCCAUCCUCGCCACCGCAUCCCGCCCCACCCUCCGACCCUGCCCACCCGAAGAGCCCUGAUCCGGCUUGGGACGUCAAAAGGGAACACGACGUUAGGAAACCAAAGGAGCUCCCGGCCGGCGGCCAAAAGAAGCAGCGCCUCGGGGAGCAGAGCGAGGGCACCGGGCGGCCGAGGCAGGAGGAGGCGUCGGGCGGGAAGGAAGGGCCCCGGCCUGCACCCGGCCCGCGGCCGCAGGGGGGCGCCCCGGGGUCGGGCUUGGGGUCACGCAGGGCCGCCCUGGCGCCUGGGCCCUGGAAAGUGCCGGGCUCCGACCGGCUGCAGGGCGCGCUCCAGCCGGGCGCCCCGGCGUCCAGCCGGUGAGGGUCCCCAGCCCCCGAGCUCCGCUCGGCGUUUUAUUUAUUGUCACUGUCGCACGCAUCUUCCGCGAGGCCCGGCUGCCGGGGCCUGGGCCGCUGCGGGAGAAGCAAAUGCUGUCGCGGAGCACCACAGAGACAGUGCAGCGCCGCUUGGGCCAAAAGAAGGCAUCGGUCCCCGCUGCAUGAAGAAACGGUUUGAACGCCGUCAGACUGCACCGAAACCGAUGAGCUAGCGCAAUCACGAACUGGAAUAUCGCCUUAAAAUUCAAACUGCACGGAGCAAGCGGAAACUGAGACAAGAUUAUAUCUUUUAAUCGAUCUAAAGCAUUGUAUAUACAUUGUCCUUGACAUAUCUAGACGGGGGUGAAAGGGUUUCUCUGAAACACCAGGAACUGUUCGCCCGACGUCUCUCCAUGCACCCGGCCUCCGCAGGACCAGGUGGCAACCUAGUGAGCCCAUUGGUGUGACGCCAUUUCUACUGCCAUUCCUGUGAUCCAGUCAUAUUUCUGUACAUCUUCAGUGGUAGGAAAAACAGGUUUUAAAAAUUGUGUCCUAGGGAACAGUUUGCCAUGAGUCUGAAUUUUGCAGUUUAGCUCAUAGCUUUUCAUUGAUUUUCCUGUGAAAUAUCAGUUUUGUAACCGAAAGGCCACAAUCUGUAGAAUCAAGAUUGGCAACGCUGCGGCCCCAUUAUGAACAGGCCUUGCCCCCGCGAGCUGCCCUCAAGCCCUGGCCGUCGCUUCCUUUGCACUAUGACAGGAGAGAGGCCGAGUACACUCUUUGUCCUCUAUCUAAGAUUAGAAUGAACCUCUAAUAUUAAAAGGUCACUAUAGUAACUAAUUUAUUUUCAUUAAGGAACAUGAGUCCACUUAGCCUUCCUUUCUGCUCGACUUUCUUUCCUGUGUCUUCCACCUUUGGUUUCCAUUUGCUUUGGGUCCUGAACUCUUUGCUAGGUGUUUUACCUCCUGAGCAACCCCAGAUUAUCUCCGCGGCUCUCCACCUGACCCCCUAGUGAUUCGCGAAGGCUGUCUUUCUCCCUGCUGCAUCAGGGGGUCUUCCUAACCCCUCAGCGUCAGUUACUUCUUCCUCUGUGUUUAAUGUCGCUACACAAAGGAAAAGGCAAAAUGUGUCUUCAGGCAGCGUCUUUAAUACGCUCUGUACACACGGGGCUUCCCUCUUCUUGUGGCUGCUGCUAGCCAGAGCUGGGGUGCCCAAACGGGCCCCUCCUGGUCGGGGAGGUCACACACAGCAGCCUCUCCCACCCCCGCCCGUCUCUCUCUUCCUAAGUGCAGGAACCUGAGCCCUCUUGAUGUCAUUUCCACCUGACAAAGGAGUAGCUUUGCUGUCUGACAAGUGUGGCUGGAAGCCUCGUGGGGAGGGUCUUGCAGCUUGUCAAAGCAGUUUCCAAAAAUGAAAUCCAUCCAUCAUAAACAAAAGCACAAACACAUGUAGCAGUUUAUAAUCCUCUUGGUUUAAUCUCAAUUAGUGUUUCUCCCCUGGGCUAGAAAUCCAGUCUAGUUUGCCAUUAAUUUAUUGAAGCUGGUUCUGGACAAUGCUUCUGUAGUGUAGCUGCACGUCCUGGUACUGUAUCCUCCGACAUUUAUUUUUCAUGUGUUACAAAAGGAAAAAAAAAUUGAGAUUACGCUUGCAGAAACUCUAAUUUUCACAGUUCAGUGCUACUACUCGUGCAGCCAUUGCUUUAUGCGGCUGUAAUCCAUAACCGUGAGACAGCACAUCAUCUCAGCCCCAUCCCAAAUAAUAUUUCUGUGUAGUGUUAGCUGAGACUUUACCCUGUACAGCUGUAUCUCUAUAAAUAUAAUUCCAUGUAUUAAUAGUCACAGAAAGACUGUAAGUGAGCAACUAUUUUUAUGAAACGCACCACUAUGGAUAAAUUAACUUUUACAGAAAUCUUGUUUACUGUAUGAUAUUCUAAAACACUGUC